AUGUCUUCGAAAGCUGCUGUGGCCAAUGAGAAUAGUGAUGGUCCAUAUUCCACCCGUAUAGUGGAAGUUGCAAAACCAAAAGUGACAAACACAAGCGUCUUAAUAAAAACGGUUGCAAUAGCAGUGAAUCAAAUAGAUUAUUUAUUGCUUGCAGGUAGGGUUCCCAAGGAUGGAAAUAUCGUGGGAUGUGAAUUGAGCGGGAUAGUUGAAGAAGUUGGUAGUAAGAUUUCGCGAGUUCAAACUGGGGACUACGUGUCUGCAUUUGUUGCAGGAGAGUGGUAUAAGGUUGAAGGUGCAUUCAGUGAAUACGUUGCUGUUGAUGAAACCGCGGUUAUAAAACACGAUCGGGCUUCGUUCAAAAGCAGUGCCUUGAAGCCCGGUUCGUAUGAAGCAGGUCCAGUUGAUUCCUUUGAAAGUGCGGCCUCUCAAAACUUUUCGCUUGCAACUGCAGCUGUUUCACUUUGCCAUGAAUUGGGGCUUGAAGCUAACCGCGAUUAUUCUGGGGAGAGUAUAUUGAUUUGGGGUGGAGCCACAACUGUUGGCAGCAUUGCAAUUCAAUUGGCGAAAAAAAUCUACGGUUUGAGAGUUAUUACAACUGCAUCACCUCGGAAUAAAGAAUUCUUGAUCAGUUUAGGUGCUGACGUUGUAUUUGACUAUCAUGAUAAGGAUGUUAUUGAGAAAGUUAAAAAAUAUGAUAACAAUAUCAAAUAUGGGUUGGAUUCAGUAGGAAGCGUCCCUACGUUCCAAGGGGUAUACGACGCGACCGGCCAGAAUGCAAUUAUUGAUAAUGUGUAUUUGGUUUCUUCCUCCAAUUUGAAAUUAGACUCUAACCGUGACGUUGAGUUUAGAAAAGUCUUUGUGCACCUAGCAAUAUGUGACUCGAAAUUUCAGAAUGGGGACGUAAUCAAAACUACGCCCGAGUUACUUAAUCAUUUCAAGACUUUUUGGUACGAUGUAUUGCCCAAGCAUUUUGGACAACUUAAAACUACCAAUUUAAGGGUGUUAGAACCCGGAUUACAGAGCGUAAAUACAGCAAUGAAAUUAUUUGCUAAUGGAGAAAUUCGUGCUGAAAAGAUUGUAUUCAGACUCAGAUAA